AUGGCUCACUCUCAGCCCCUUGUGAAGCCUGAGAAGCAGCUCACUUCCUCGCGCUUUGACAUGGACUUGGACUCUUCAGUGUUGGACAGCGUUGACUGCACCCCAAAGACGAAGAACCUGAUGAUGUCCCUGAAGAGAAAGGCCAGUCAGCUACUCGAUCAGGGCUCCCCGCAUACCACCUCCCCAUUUUUGAAGUGGCGCCUCGCAGUGGUGGAAAGCACGCUCAGAGUGAGAGCGGUGCAGAAGCAAGCGCUCUCAGAAGCUAAUACAUUCUUUGACGACGCUGGUAAGCCAAAGACAGAGUUUGUAGCGGUAGUAAAGGAAGACGAGAAGGCCCUUUUGUCUGAGAAGGUAUUUCUCCUGUCCGAGCGAAAGGUUCUCGAGGAAGAUUUGAACGACAUUGUCACUAGCAGGGAACAGCUGAAAGAUGCUUACAUCACCGAGCUCAGAAUUUCACUUGAGGCUGCCUCAAGUUCAAAGGAGAGAUUGCCAGGUCUCAAGGCUCCGAGAUUAGACAGGAAGCAAUUUCGGGAUAGUGUCAACGAGUAUCUCGGCACCAAGACUGAGAACCCCGACACAGAAGACUCACGAAUAUGGUGCAAUGUCCUCGGAUACUGGUUGGGCUCUGGGUCAGUGAAAUGCGCGCACAUCGUUCCUUAUUCCUGGAACACGAAGGACACGGCCCACAUGUUCGGCAGCGAUGAAGCCCCACUGACCAGCAGGAGGAACGGACUCAGCCUUCAGAAAAAGAUCGAGGAAGGUUUUGACAAUUGUUGGAUUACCAUAGUGCCCGUGGACUCAGUUGAAUCUACUCCCACGGAGUGGAAGGUUAUUCUUCUAAAUACUGCCGAAAGAGACAAGCCCUUCUUCGAAGACAUGUCCAAAGAAACCGAUCGAGGGUUGUGGAGAUGGCGCGACAUUGACGGGCGCAAAUUGAGCUUCCCCAAUGACAAUCGCCCUGCCCGCCGCUUCUUAUACAUGCGCUACGCUCUCGCAUGGCUGCACGCCGACGACAAGUCCUGGCCAGGCUUCCAACAAAAGCUGCCGCCCGGAGGAGUUUGGGCAAGUCCCAACAAACCCGAUGGAUAUUUAAGAAAGUCGAUACUGCUGGAAGUGGGAAAGAAGACGGGAGACAGGCUGCCAAAGGACUUGGUCAGUGCAGGCAUUUUUGAGGAUCCUGAUACGAGCAGCGUCGUGCAUGAUGAGGUUGCGGGCAUCAGGGUCGCUGAGCUUGUGCAGGGUCAUCUAGACGGAAUGAGAGAUUCCAAGGUGGAUGAGGAUAGCAGGGAACGUGCUGGGGAGGAGGAAGACCUGAUGGAAGACGAGUGA